AUUUGACAUUUGAUUGUCGAUUUUGUGUUUUGUACAUUUUUGUGCAUUGCGGAUUUAAAAAUACUAUUUUUGUUUGUAUAUUUACGUAGCAAUAUAAUUAUACAUUGAAUUAAACUAUGCGUCUUAACGUUUAGAUGACCUGGUUCUUUAGCAGUCAAAUAUUACUCUAUUUCAAUCGCUUUUAAGAGUAGCCAACCUGUCUGAAGAUGUCUGAAAAGGCUUUGUCCCUGGGCCAGAGGGUGAAAGUGAUCGGGAAAGACGUAAAAGGCUCUGUGGCGUACGUGGGACACCCCACAUUUGCAACUGGCAAAUGGAUUGGCGUGAUCCUCGACGAGGCGAAAGGCAAGAACAACGGGACUGUCCGUGGCCAUGCGUACUUUACGUGCGAGGAGAACUAUGGAGUGUUUGUCAGGCAGACUCAGAUCCAGCUUCUGGAUGGCGAGGACAACCCAAUGGAGACCUCCAUGACCGCCUCCACAGAGGAGCCCAAGACCUCGCGGAGGCUCAGCAGUAUAACUGUGGCGCAGAAAUCUAGGCCAACGACGGUGCGGCGCAAGGCGUCGCCGGCGCAGACGAAGAGCGGCAACGUGUCCAUGUCGAGCUCGAGGACUUCGCUGGCGAGCAGCCGUCAGUCGCUGACGUCCUACGCCUCCCCCACGGCGGAGAGGGCCGGUGAGGGGGACAGCAACACGGGCAAGCGGGCUGCUUUUGUUGAGACAAACUUCGUGGAGACCCUGACCCCGCAGUACACGGCGGGCGCCAGCAUCACGGGCCCCGCGCCGCAUGAGGACAGGAUCGCUCUGCUGCAGACUCAACAGGAGAAUGUGACCCUGAAGGCUGAAGUGGAGGACCUGAAGGAGAAGCUGGAGACCAUCAAGGUGAAGCGCGCCGAGGACCGGGACAAGCUGAAGGAACUGGAGCGAGUGAGGUUACAGCUGGAGCAGGCCAACGAGUUCAAGGCCAAGAUCAUGGAGUCGCAGGCGCAGCUGCAGAGAGACUUGCAGAGGGCCAAGAAAGAGGUCCGAGACGCUCAAGAAGCCCUCGAAGCUCAUAACGACGAGACGGCGGACCUGCAGGAGGCGGCGGAGAUGGCCGCGCUCGACAAGGAGAUGGCCGAGGAGCGGGCCGAGGCUCUGCAGAUGGAGCUGGAGCAGUGCCGCGAGAAGCUGGAGGAGGCCACGCUGGACCUGCAGCUCAUGAAGGCCGAGAUGGAGGCCGGCGGGAACAUACAGCACCCCUACGCCUCCUCCGACGCGGGGGCUACGGGCUACGAGCUGCGCCAGCUGCAGCAGCAGAACUGCCGGCUGCGCGACACGCUGGUGCGGCUGCGGGACCUGUCCGCGCACGAUAAACACGCCAUGCAGAAGAUGCAGAAGGAUCUGGAGCAGUGCAGGUCUGAGGUGGCGGAGCUGAGCCGCACUAAAGAGAAGCUGUCAUCCAGGGUGGAGGAACUGGAAGCACAGGUGGCAGAUCUGCAGGAACAGGUGGACGCGGCUCUCGGAGCCGAGGAGAUGGUGGAACAGCUGGCUGAUAAGAAGAUGGCCUUGGAAGACCAGGUGGAACAACUGAAGCAAGACGUGACCGAACUCGAAGCCCUUCAGGAGAUCCACGAACAGCUGGUGGAGUCCAGCAGAGAGCUGGAGGUGGACCUGCGCGAGGAGCUGGAGCUGGCCCACGCCGGCACCAGGGAGGCAAUGCGCGAGCGCGAGGCCGCGUUCGAGACCAUCAUGGACCGGGACGCCACCAUCCUGAAGUUCAGAGAACUAGUGCAGCGGAUGACGGAGCAGCAGCACGAGUUGAGGACCAGGCUGGAGUCCAAGCAAGGCUCCCCCGCCCCAUCAGAACAAGAGUCCACUCCAGAGCCGGUACAGCUGACGUCACUAGCGGCGCCCCCCGGGCCGGCGGCGCUCGGCGGGGCGUGGGGCACCCGGUCCAUUGAUCUGCAGCUUAGAGCGCUUGAUUUGGCUCAGGCCAAAGCACGUGCGGACAUGUUGGCCGAGUGCCUGCCCGAUUCCUUCAUGGAUACUGCCGGCGACCACGACGCCAUCAUGCUGAUCCUGCUGCUGCAGCGACUGAGCACCAAGACCGACAUCAUCCUGGGACAGAUCCGGGAGAGAUUCCCAGCAGUGAACGUGUGGGACCGCGAGACGCUGACGAAGACGCACACCGCCACGCAGUACAGCUUCCGCUGCCAGCUCGAGUACCACCUGCACAUGAUACAGUGCACAGUAUCAAUCUGGACCUACGCCCUGGAGCGCUGCCCGCCGCCCGCGCUGCUCCGCGCCGCCGCCGCGCUGCCAGACGCGCUGGCGCAGGAGCGCGCGCUGGACAAGGCGCUGCACGACUUGAAGACCCACGAGCUGGACGAGAACUGCCAGCUAGACGGUAUAGAACGUGUCUGGACGUACCUCUCAGCCAUGUGGUCGGCGCUCGGCAUGUCAACAGACGCGGGCGGGGCCAGCGAGACGCGGGACGUGCUCACGCACGCGUGUCACGCGUUGGACGCGCUAGCACGCGCGCUGCACGCGGAUGCGCGCGCGCUGGAUUUGAUUAUGCAGCCAUCAGACCAGCCGCUAGAGCUGGGCCAGCUGCACGCGGCUAUCACGGCGGCGGCGGAGACGCUGCAGCAGCAGCUGAAGGGCGUCCGACGCCGGCUGCCGCCCGCGCCGCCGAUACCGCUGCCGGUUGAUGCUCAGCUAGUAGAACGCCUCCGCGGCGACUGCGCCACUUCCCUCUCCCGCUGCGCGCGCUGCGCGUCCCUCACCGCGCGCGCCGCCGCCGCCGCCGCCGCCACCGCCGGCGAGCGCGGCGACCCGGCCGCGCUGCAGCACAGUCAGCUGCUGACGCUGUGGAGUACCGCUAGCGAUAAGGUGUACCAACAGGAUGACCACGGGCCAGUGCGCACGGUCAAGCACGCGCUGUCACAGGUCGCCGCGGAGGUCACCAAACUGGCGACCUUCGCACAGGAGCGGGAGUACGACAUGAUGUCGUUAGCUAAUGUUGUUGAGGAGAAGCCGACCCCGCCCGUGGUUUUACGCGCGCAGAUGGUCAAGAAGCAGCUGGAGGAGACCAAGACGCUGACCAUCAAGCUGGAGAGCCGGGAGGCGGACAUCAAGGAGCUGAGGAAGGCUUUCAAGGCAACAAAAGAGGAGCUCUCCGAGAUGCAGAUCCGUCGCGACCUCGGCGAGCGCAAGCUGGCGGCCACCGCGCGCGACGCCGAACUGCGAGCCGAGCAGCUGCAGAGGAAGCUGGAGGACGCCACCAACCAGCUCAAGAGAAAAGAGAAGGAGUUCGAAGAGACCAUGGACCACCUACAGCAAGACAUAGAUUCUCUGGAGAGCGAGCGUGGCGCUCUACGGGAUAAGCUCAAACUAUACGCCAAGCGCGGGACAGGCGGCCAUCACGCAGUGCCGGCGGCGGUCAUCGGUCGCGAGUUGACACCGGUGGCGUCGCCCACACCCCCAGCGCCGAAAGAAGUGGCCUACGAGACUCCGGUGAAGGUGGCUCCAGGAGUGGCCGCGGGGGAGGUCAACGAGGCUUUGCAGCACCAGAUCAAGAUACUGAGCUGGACGGUGGACCGUGAGCGCGCGGCGCGCGUGGCGGCCACGCGGCGCUCGGAGCGGUGCGCGCUGCGCUCCCUGCGCCCGCUGUCGCACAGCAGCGCGCCCAGCCAGCUGGCCCGACGCGCCGCUGCGGCUGAGCUGCAGAGGGACCUGGAUAAGCUUCAUACGGAAUGGACACUAUUCGUGGCUCGCUCCGGGUUGGUGCAGUUCCCGGACGACCCGGCCAAGUACGGCAGCGCGCUGCGGCGACACAAGGAGAAGCAGCGGGAGAUACGACUGCAGUUGGAGGAGCGGCUAGCAGCGCUACAAGCAGCGGUGAAAGCGCAGCUGCUGCUGCAGCGGCCGUGGCGCGCCGUGGACGCGGCGCUCGCGCAGUUCCCGCAGCCGGACCUCACCAAGGCGUUAUCAUCGAAGGCGCUGGACGUGGGCACGAUCCAGUACCCGGCCGACGCCGCGACGGACGACACCGUCUACGUGACUCCCGCGCAACUCGCCAAACUGAAAGAGUUAGUGGCCGAGCUGCAGUCGGAUGACGUGAAGUUGGACCUUAUACCGCUCGACAACGAAGUCUGUGCCGCUUAGAACAGCCUGUGUAAGCAAAAAGGUAUGAGAAAUUUAGAAAAAAGUUUAUAUUAGGUCUCGAUAUAUCAACUAAAGCACUGUGUAAAAUGCCUACCUUUUGUCAGGUAUUAGAGUUGCGAGAGAAAUGUUAUACUUACUUAAAUAAGUUAGAAACUCGGUGAUCGCGUUUUUAUUGACGAGAUUAUAAAAGACAUAGAUAUGCGUGAUAUCUUGACAUUUGUAACUGUAGCUCUUCAAAUUUGUCCUAACUAUUAACAAGAACUAGAUCGACAUACAUUUUAAAAUGCAAUAAAAUAAUAUGUAGGAUUUAUUAUUCCUUUUUAGCUAUUUAUAAUUUUCGCAUAUUAAUCUCAUUUAAAUUCUUUCCACAUACAUAACAGUGUAUGUACGGAAGAUCGCAUCUAAAAAAUACAUAAGUACAUAAUUGGUUAUCAUGUCUCGUUUAUUUACAUACGGGUAAAUAGAUCGAUAAAUAUGAUGGUUAAAUAAAAUUUCAUUUCAUACAAA